AUGUGCAAAAUUUCAUAUUUCGUCUCAAGUGGUUUGGGCGGCUACCCGGCCAAGUUGAAGAAGGUGCUGAUCGUGACCGCGCCGCUGUGGUUCAAGGCGCCCUUCCGAAUCCUCAGGCUGUUCGUCCGCGAGAAGCUCCGCGAGCGGGUGCACACGGUGAGCGCGCCGCAGUUGGGUGCGCACGUGCCGCGCGCCAGCCUGCCCCGCCAGCUCGGCGGCCAGCUGACGCCCGACCACGCCGCCUGGUUGGAGCACUGUAGGAAUUGCUACACGAACAACCUGCAGAAUAACAAAUUAGAUGGCGUUAUAGAUGAAUAUGUGAUAAGUAACUAUAUCCCGCCGGUUAAGACACAAAAUGGUGUGAUAGAGCACGAGGUCGCGUGCGACAUGACCAGCGAUCGCGUACCCCGCCUCCAGCAGCAGCCCGACGUCAUGCAUAUCAGCGGUGACGCACCAUACACUUGCGACACCAGCCCUCUAAGACACACGCGCGGUUACAAUGGCGACAUGAAGGGCGGACACAUCAAUUCUGGCGACGAAGACGAUGUCGAUUUGAUAACGCGCGGCACCUGGUCGUCCGGCGAGGCGUCGCCCGGCCUCUCGGACGAGGAGUGCGUGUGCGGCGGCGCCGGCGAGACGGCCGCCGCCCUCCUCGCCCGCCUGAGGGCGGUCGGCAGGCGCGGCCUCAUCGCCGAGUACGAGGAGAUACGCUCGCGGCCCCCCCUCGGCACCUUCCACCACGCGAAGUUGCCCAGCAACGUGCCCAAGAAUCGCUACACGGACGUGCUGUGCUACGACCACUCUCGCGUGCUCCUGUCCCAAACGGACCCCGACGACCCCACAACGGACUACAUUAACGCCAACUACGUGGACGGGUACAAGCAGAAGAACGCGUUCAUCUGCACGCAAGGCCCCCUGCCGAAGACGUACGGCGACUUCUGGCGCAUGGUGUGGGAGCAGGGCAGCCUCGUGGUGGUGAUGACGACGCGCGCGGUGGAGCGCGGCCGCGUCAAGUGCGGCCAGUACUGGCCGCCGGCGGCGGGCGGCAGCCAGGUGCACGGCGCGUUCGCCGUCGCCACCGAGGCGGUGGAGGCGGAGGACGACUACGCCGUGUCGCACCUGCUGCUCACCGAUCUGAGGACGGAGCAGUCGCGUCGCAUCUGGCACGGCCAGUACGUGCGCUGGCCGGACUACGGCGUGCCGGGCGGGGGCCGCGCCCAGCCGGUGCUGCGCUUCCUGCAGCUGGUGCGACGCGCACAGAGAGCCGCACUCGCGGACUUGGGAGACGCGUGGGCGGGGCACAGUAGAGGACCGCCCAUAGUGGUCCACUGUUCGGCCGGCAUCGGAAGAACCGGCACGUUCCUGACGCUGGACGUGUGCACGUCGCGGCUGGCGGCGGAGGGCGUGGCGGACGUGCGCGGCGCCGUGGAGCGGAUCAGGGCGCAGCGCGCGCACUCCAUACAGAUGCCGGACCAAUACGUGUUCUGCCACCUGGCGCUGCUCGAGUACGCCGUGAUGCACGGCCACCUCGAGUCGGCCGAGCUGAGCGGCUUCGACGACGAGAACGACGAGGAGUCGGAA